AUGGAUGUGUUCAUGUACAGGCGGUCCGGAAGGGGAGUUAACAUAGCCACCGAUGUCACAGCUAGUGUGUUGGAGACGAGAGACAUUAUAUCACUACCCGGAGAUAUGAUAACCAACAAGGGUCAUGCUGAACAAGGGAAACUGCUACUAGGGAAAUUAAAAGAAGAAAUGGCAAUGGUCAGUAUCAAAAAGUCCUCUAAAUGUAGUACUGUGACUACUGGAGGUAAAAAAGUCAGUAGAUGGAGAGUAUACCAGAGACGAUAUGCUUUAAGUGUUUUUACUUCUUUGUCACACCAGAGACGAGAUAAAUAAUGGUGAGAGGUCUAUCAGAUUAAGCGGUGAGGUGUACUACAAGUAG